AUGGGCAGUGAGGUCCUCGGCCUGUCCGACAUGGUUCUCAAGGAUAGAGAGAAGGGAUUUAAGCCGCGCUGCGAAUUCACUGUGACGAGCAUCGACACGGCAAUGGUGGAGGGCGUGGUUCUGCGCGGCAGUCUGCUACUUCCCAAAGGUCUGGAAGGACCCUUCCCCUCUGUUCUGAUGCGAACACCGUAUGGGCGCAAGACCGAGAUGGGCCAAAGUUUUUUGGCGAGACAGGGCUAUGCCGUGCUCGUCCAAGACACCCGCGGGCGAUUCUCGAGCAGCGGAGAGUUCGUUCCCGUUCAGCACGAGCAGAUGGAUGGAGCUGCCACGGUGGCGUGGAUGCGCCAGCAACCAUGGUGCAACGGCAAGGUCGGUGCUACAGGUGGCAGCUACCUCGGCUUUACAGCGUGGGCUUGUGUGGACGGGUUUCACCUGGAUGCAAUUGUCCCCAUCAUCACCCAGAGCAACAUCAGAAGCGCGGUCUUCCGCCCCGGCGGGGCCGUCAGCUUUGAGCUGGUGGUGCUGUGGUUCUAUCUCGUGCUGCACCUCAUGAAGGAUUUACACGAAGACCCACUUUCUCUACCGAAGAAGCUUUGGAACGGGAUGCGCGAGAGGAAGCUGCGCAGGGCUUUCAAGUCCUUGCCACUUGGUAAAGUGGACGAGAUCAUUCUCGGCUCCCAGAAUGCCUUCCUGCAGGAUGGGCUCAGUGCUCAUGGAAACGAAGCAAGCCGCUUCUGGGAGGGGAAGGACAAGCUCUGCAGCUUUGAACGCCCGAUCCCGCCUUGCCAUAUCCUCACUGGAUGGUAUGACUUUUUCCUGGAGGGGGCCCUGGAGGACUUUGCCAAAGCGCAAAGCAAAGGAAACCAGGCCAGCCUGACCAUUGCACCGAUCCACCACUGGAGCCUCCUUGGCUUCCGAGCCGCGGCAAAUUCACGGCUUUCAUAG